AACUUCAAUCCUACGAAUUUUUCCAGCUUCGACUUCUUUUUGACUCCGACAAGCACACAUCUGGAUACAAGGACAAGGCCUACAAGAAGGUCCCGAGACGAGGAACAAUGGCAGCAGCGUUGACAGAUCCUUCGGUGCCCCCCGUGCGCAUCUCCAAAAUCGCAGAUCGCUACCUCGUCUUCGAUGCCGAAGACGUGGCCACCAUCAGGCGCAGCCACAACAUCUGCUCCGUCCUGGUGGGCACGACCCCGCAGAACCCAACACAAAACGUGUUCCUCAGUCUGCCGCUCGAGCUGCUGCCCGAGGAGGCCAGCGUGCUCAUCGAGAACAAGGUAGGCCGUCUCGUCCAAGAGGCUUCGCAUCACCUGUCGUCCGUGGGCUCCCCGGAUAAGGCCACCCGCCAGGCCUACAUUGCACUGUUGAAAGAACGUCGGAGCAAGGCGCAGAAGCUGUUGGCCGAGGACCAGGCCAAGAAGGCUGCGACGGAACAGACGCGGAGGAACAAGGGCGCGAAGCCGGCUGUUGUGCCUCAGGCGAAACCCAGUCCCGAGGUGGAUGAUGAUUCCCUGUUUGGAGGUGCCGUCCCAGACAAGAGCUCCAAGCCCCGUGAUGGCGUAGAUGCCAAGCCAUCCCUGGCGGUCACGCCAACGACCAGCGAAGGUCUCCUCAUGCCUUCGGGUGAGGUUGAGGAAGCAGUGCCACAACCUCUCGCUGGGCCGUUGCAUCAACACUUGCAGUCUAGAGGAUACUUCAUGACCCCCGGUCUACGUUUUGGCGCCAAUUACAGUGUAUAUCCCGGUGAUCCGUUGCGGUAUCACGCUCACUUCCUCGCCACAAACUACGACUGGGAUGAGAAGAUACCGAUGCUUGACAUUGUUGGCAGUGGUCGUCUGGGUACUUCGGUGAAGAAGGGCUUCUUGUUUGGAGGAGAGGUUCUCGACAUGAACAGUGACGCGAAGCAGGUGCGCGCAUUUUGCGUAGAAUGGGCAGGAAUGUGAGCUGGAAUUUGGGCCACAUGCCUGAAUGAAGGUGACGCUCAACGCUAAGCCUAGAUAACCUGUGUAAUACCAAUAAGAUACCCCUAUUUCGUGUACCUCAAUGAAACA